AUGUCCAAUCAUCUUCAAGCCCUCCCCGGCUUUUAUAAAUUACUUUUCUUCUACCUUGAACCAGCGUCUGCUAUCAUUCCAGCUCCAAUGAUUUGGCUGUGGCCUGGCGCGGCUUGGUUUCAUCAUGAACAGAUUCCUCAUUCCAACCCUUCUUUCCUGGCUUCAGAAUCUCUGGAUCCUCGAACCGCUGUUGCAUUGUGGCAGCUUGGUAAUUGCUAUAUGCUUGUAGGACUAAUAGUAUCUCUCGUCUUUCGAGUAGCGGAAGACGCAUUUCGUGAUAAUCCUGUUGCACAAGAGCGAAUUAUUGGUGCAACUCUUACCGCAAUGGCAAUUACUGACGUUACACACGUUUUGUCGAGCCUCAUCGGACUGCCUACUGAUAUUCGAUACGAUAUCUUUUCAUGGAAUGGUAUAACGCACGGCAACAUCACAUUCACAACGUUUGUUUUCUGCGUCAGGUUGGCGUGGUUCAUGGGUGUAGGAAGGCGUCGUUUUUAUUACGGCCAAAGGCGGCCUGUACAUGGAAUUAAAUCCCGAUGA